GCAGUUUUACGGGUUCUUCGAUUAUCACGAUUAUUCAUGUACUUGCACAAGCGGGGAACAUCUACCAGCGGUGCGCGUUCUUUUUAGUACUAUUCGACAAAAUCCACAAGAAGCUGUCGCUUUUGUGGAGGCAGAGACACCGACGACAUCGAUGGGAUCAGCUGACUAAUUAUCGAUAACGGCUACACCAACAUCCUGAACACCCGGAGAUAACACAGCUGGUAUUGCCGAACAGCGGUCUCGUAGAAUUGCCUAUAGUCCAACUCCGUCUCACCUCCCAUCCCUGCUCUCUCCCCUGAUCGGCAGUGGUACUGUGUAGCGAGAUUGCCAAUCAAUUCCCGAUUUUCCGAAGAUUGUUCGCUAGCUGUUAGCAAUAUGGACGCGCUGAAGACUGUGUUCAACCGGAGAAUCGCUCUCCCCGUUGUUGUUGCAGCGGCGUUGCUCCAUAAUAGUGCCGAGGCCCUGCAAUCUCCAGGGCUCCGGAGACAGCUAGUCAACUCCCACUCUUUCGCUGAGGUGGAGACGACAGGAUAUAGCUGCUUUGAAAAAGGCAAGGAGUACGUUGGUUUCAGCCUGACUGAGUUCGCCAAAGUGGGCGACGCUGCUUUGUGCCAGCAGAGGUGCAAUCAACACCCGCAGUGUGGCUUCUUCACAUUCUAUUCCAAUGAGAACCGAUGCGUGCUCCAGUCCCGCAAGCCUUCUCAGGAGAACAACAAUGCCAAUGCCGUUUCUGGCCCGAAACGGUGCCCGCUUUGCCUCGUUGAUAACUAUGAUUUCAGAGGCGAGACAAACAUGCAUAAAUCAGGUGCUCCCGGUCUCAAUACACUCCUGGCGUGUCAACAGGGAUGUGCAGCGGAGCCCAAAUGCAAGGCCUUCCUCUUCGAGAAGCGUCCCCGCACGUGUCACUUCAAGACAAGUGAUAACUAUUUGAAAUCGUUCCAUCCGGAUACUUCAUAUAUCGCAGGUCCGAAAACGUGUACGGAUGAACACUGGUGCAUCAUGAAGGAUAUUGGCUACAAGGGCACAGACUCGAAGGCGACAAAAGCAAACUCAGCGGCAGAGUGCCAGCAGAUGUGCCUCAACGACGAGAGAUGUGACUUUUUCACGUGGCAACAGGCGGGCAAGCAUUGUUGGUUUAAGGCUGGGGCGUCCACUGCCUCAACAAAAUACAAUCGGGCUGGCGACUAUUCUGCACCAAAACACUGCGGCCUGCCGACCACAUGUGUCAAGGAGCGGACGAAGUACGCAGGCGAAACCGUUGCGACGUUCCCCAAGAGCGAGGUGGGGACCUUCGAGUCCUGCCAAAUGAAGUGCUGGAAGACCAGCAAGUGUGUGUUUAUGCACUUCAACAAUGAUGGCUGCACGCUCUCUGGGAUCAAUGCAACCGCUCAAACUGAUGCGAACUCCAAAGCAGGCGAUAUCACAUGCUGAAGGAAAUGUUAACCCCUCAGCUCGUCAUUUCUAAGAAUUCGGAAACGUAGCGGAAUCAUUGUUAUUUGAGCGGAUCCUCCAGAAAGACAUCGUUACGGGAAGUUGGCUGGUGACUGAACUUCAUGAAGUGAUUGUUUCCUGUGCUGCAAGAACUGAAUGGGCUGCAACACCUUUUUUCACAAUGUUCCGUAUCCAGAUUUGGCGUUCAGUUCGGUGUACGUUGGAGUGCGGAUGUAUUGCUACGUACGUGUCGUGCUCCGUGUUCAACAUGUGGCGAAAGUGGGUGAAACUCUCGGAGUGUCGCCGCUUCCGGAAACAAGAUCGAACUCGUUUUCAAUUAAGUCCCUAGAGUAAAUU